AUGACUUUAUCAAGACGUAUCGAUAAAUUACUCUUCGAGUUGGGAUAUUGCUCGAAAAUAGGACUUCGGAGAUUUCUAUCCAAUCAUGAAUUAACUCUCAUCAAACACCUCAAUAACAACAAACAAAUUCACGAGAAAUUUCUCGGAACCAAAAAACAACUCCGACAAGUCAUUACACCCUCUCAACUUCUCAUCAAUGGCCAACCUGUUCAUACAUUAAAUCCAUUAAUUAUUGCAUUUGAUAAACCUGAAGGUUGGACCUCAGAAUCCUUAGGCUCACUCUAUGAUUAUACUCAUUUUCAAUAUCAUCAAAAGAUGAAAAAGAAUUUUAAAUUGAUUGAACAGCAAGAUGUAGAGAACCCUUCAAGUAGUAGUACUAUUCAAAUUCUUUCUCAAGAAGAAGAAGAAUAUUCCGAAGAAGAAGUUGAUGAUGAUGAAUAUACUUCUGAUGAGCAUGAAAUUUCAUCUUCCGAACAAAUUUAUUCCAUUCUUGAUUUAUUACCCAAAGAAUACCCAUUAAGGAAACCAGAAUUUCAAUCCAUUCUGCCAUUACCAGAUGAAAUUGGUGGACUCACGAUCAUUACUCAAUUACAUUCUGUAGCGAAAGCGUUCCGAUCGGUACGUGCUCCAUGUCGGCGAGUCUAUCGAAUUCAAACACGAGAUGGAUUUACUGGAUUGGAGGAUGAAGCUCUGUUGCAUUUCCGAUCGGAUAUUAAGGAUUCAAUUAAGAGAGUGAUCAAUCCUCCUGAAUUUUUCGUAGUGGAUGAGAAGAAGCAUAUUGCUGAAAUUUCAUUGUAUGAUUACAAACCAGAUAAGAUUCGUGAAAUGAUGAAAGCUAUUCGACACGAGUUGUUGAGUGUGAAAAGAAUUGGCUUGGGCGGAAUUUUACUCGAUGAGGAUUUACCAGAAUUGGUAACUCCAAAAUUGAAUGAUGAAACUGGAUUGGUGGAGUUGACCAAACAAGAAAUGAAAGCGAACAAGAAACAUUGGGUGGCUUUGGAUGAGGAUAGAAUUGAAAAAUUAAUGAGCUCGAAACAAGAGGUUGUGGAUCGAUUGAAAAUCGAAAAAUCAAAGGGCAAAGUAAGACGAGAGGAAGAAUUGCAACGAUAUGCACGAGAAACAAACAUUCGAAAAGAAGAUUUCAACAUUUCGAUGAAUGUCAAGCAAGAGCAAGAGUUUAAGGAAGAAGCUAAAAUAACAGAGACUAUUUUGGGUGUGGACCAAGAGUAUCCAGAGAAACUUGUACCAAAGAAGAACACCUCUACAAGAGAACAACACAAGCCAAAAUACUCAUUAACUACAAUUACUGAAGCAGCACAAGCAGGAAACCCAUUAAUGGACAUGGAACUUGAUGAGAAGGAUAUGGAAGAAUUGCAACGUUGGAAUGAAGAAACAACAGAAGAAAUGCGUCAAUAUGCUGCCAAGUUGGAAAGGAAAAAGGCCAUUACAUCAAAGAAAAAGAAAUAA